AUGAGUCAGCACUUUAAGCUGGUGUUACUAACUGUGAUCGCUGGAACCGUCGGAAUAUCAGGAAUCGAUCAUAACCUAGGCGCAAUACGCGGCGAUGUAGCCGCUGGAGCGCUGCAAGCGCCUCUGCGGCUGCAAUACAACAUUACAGAGAUUUCAUGGCGCCAAGCCGAGGAUAUGCUUAAGAAUGCGCCAUUAAUUGACCAUAUAGUUCUGUUCUACGUUCCGCUCCAUUUCGGGUGCCGCCAGUUUAUGCAUCUAUUUUUAACACUAUCGCAACAAUUCGAGCAAGAGAAGAGGAACGUAAAGUUUGUCAAGGUGAACUGCAACGAUGGUAAACUGAGCGACGGGUUGUGCCACCGGUACAACGUUGCCGCCGUGCCAACAGUCGCUUAUGUUGCCGAUUUGCCGUUUCAGAGGGAGAAGUUGCCGCCGAAGAGUUUUAUACAGCGAGCGCUUAGAUGGUGUAUACACAGCACCAUGGACGACGUUGACUCAGUGCAUGCCACCUGCUACAAAGGCGACAUGUUUCUCUACCAGGAGCUCAAAGAUUGGGCCACUAUGAUGUACGGCCUAUCGCAGAUGAAACGCAAGCUAGACAGUGUACGCCAGAGCAAUUUUAUAGAGCAUUUAACAAAACUGUUAUCACCAUAA